GUUUCUUUAUAAGCCCCGGAUCUUGGCUGUCCAUUCUUCCCGGCUGGCAGCGCUUGGCUCUACCUGCAGUGAUGUGGCGGGCUGGGCUGGGCCUGUGGCUGGCAGGGCUGGCGUUCACCACUGCGACCAUCUCAGUGGAAGAAGAGAAACCAUCAUUCUGGAAUCAGCAGGCAAAUGAGGCCAUUCGGAGAGCGAUCAAACUGCAACGCAACCUCUACCAGGCCAAGAACCUCAUCCUCUUUUUGGGAGAUGGGAUGGGCAUUCCCACCAUCACAGCUACCCGCAUCCUGAAGGGGCACAUGCAGGAACCGGCAUUACCUGAAGCACCACUAAGUAUGGACACGUUCCCAUACGUGGCUCUCUCCAAGACCUACAACGUGGACCGGCAAGUGCCCGACAGUGCAGGAACGGCCACCGCCUACCUCUGUGGGGUGAAGGGCAACUUUCAAACCAUUGGUGUGAGCGCCGCUGCCCGGUUCAAUCAGUGCAAAACGACAGCGGGCAACGAAGUCAGUUCUGUCCUGAAGCGGGCUCAGCUGGCUGGAAAGUCGGUGGGGAUCGUGACCACCACACGAGUCCAGCACGCCUCCCCCGCGGGCAACUAUGCCCACGUUGUGAACCGAAACUGGUAUAGUGACUCUUCCAUGCCUAAAUCAGCGAUUGUGGAGGGCUGCAAGGAUAUCGCUUUACAACUCGUUGAAAACGUGAACCUCACGGUGGUCCUGGGUGGGGGCAGGAAAUAUAUGACUCCUAAAGACACCCCAGACCCUGAGUACCCCACCAACAACCUUGCCAAAGGGACCCGAAAAGAUAAAAGAGACCUCAUUGAGGAAUGGCUCAAAGUUUCCCCGGGCAGCAAAUAUGUCUGGAACCGGACCGAGCUAUUGAAAGCUGCCACUGACCCGACCAUCGACCGUCUCAUGGGCCUCUUUGAACCAGGAGACAUGAAAUAUGAGCUGAACCGGGACAACAGCACUGACCCAUCUCUGGCCGAGAUGACUGAGGUGGCCAUCAAACUGCUCAGUUCCAACCCCAAAGGCUUCUACCUCUUUGUUGAAGGAGGCAGGAUUGACCACGGACACCAUGAAGGUAUUGCUAAGCAAGCCCUGACGGAGGCAAUCGAAUUUGACAAAGCCAUCCAGCGCGCCGGGGAGUUGACUCAGGAAAAGGACACCCUGACUGUUGUGACCGCCGACCACUCCCACGUCUUCAGCUUUGGAGGCUACACCCUCCGGGGGACCUCCAUUUUCGGUUUGGCCCCCGAAAAGGCAGUGGAUGGCAAGGCAUACACCUCCAUUGUUUAUGGCAACGGGCCAGGCUAUCGGGUCACCGAGAAUGGCCGACCAAACAUAACCAUACAAGAAAUUGAGGACAACACCUACCACCAGCAGGCCGCUGUGCCCCUCGUCUCAGAGACCCACGGGGGCGAGGACGUGGCCAUCAUGGCCAAGGGACCUAUGGCCCACCUCUUCCACGGGGUGCAGGAACAAUCCUACAUUGCCCACGUCAUGGCCUACGCUGGCGGCUUGGAGCCUUACAAGUUGCCCGGUGAGAAGUCUGCAGCUGCAGCCAAGUCCAGCCUUGUGGGUCUCCCCCUGGUUCUUCUGCUCCUCUGGAUCUGCUAGCCCUCCUCUGGAUCACCUGGGCACAUCCCUCUUGCUCCUCCCCCUCCUCCUCACAUCUGGAUGGAGCAUCUUCU